AUGUCAGAUCAGGAAGAAAAGAAAGAGAACCAAAUCAUGAAUUUUGGCAAUGAUUUUGCAGCCAAAUUCGGGGAGUUCAUCCGGCAGAGUAUGCAGACAUCUCCAAAUCCACCAAAAUCAACGGCGCCCAAUCCAGAAAAUCCAGGUGAGAUAGUUGUCACCACCAAACUAUCGGGAGACAACUACCCGCUCUGGGAGAAUCUCAUGACACGAGCGAUCGGUGGGAAAGGCUUAUCCUCCCACAUCGAUCGGGAUUCAGUUCCUCCACCAAGCACAGAUCCAUACCAUGAAACAUGGAAGAAACUGGAUCAUAUAGUGUUCAGGUGGAUAAUCAACCACUUGGAACCCGAACUCGUGAAUGAGGUCUCGCAAUAUCUGACGGCGAGGGAGUUAUGGGAGGGACUGGCCGUUACCUAUGGAAGUGGAGGAGACUCGUUACAAGUAUACGACCUGCACGUGAAUGCAAACACCAUCAAACAAGGUGACAUGACCUUGGAACAAUUGUGGUUCCGUCUCCAAAAUAUGUGGAUGACAAUUGAUAGAAGGAGGCCCAACCGAAUGAAGUAUGCAGAGGAUAUCGCACUCCGUAAUGAAGAGAUACAAGAGGAAAGAUUGUACCAAUUCCUAAUUGCCCUGAAUGAAAGCCACGAAGCAACACGGAAAGACAUCCUAAAACGGGACCUUCUUCCGUCGGUGAAGAACGCCUACGCCAUCGUCUGA